GACAGAGCUAGAGCGUGUGCUCAGAGGCUGCCUCUCAAUGGGAGGAGGAUGCAGAUGGAGAAAGCGAGAGAGAGAGAGAGAAAGAGAGAACGCGAGAGGGGAGAUUCUACAGCAGUAAAUGAAGGAUUGCUCCUUAUGUGCCUGUAAACGCGAAAAGCCAAAUCUAUUCUGUGUCAGUGCCAGGGUCUCCUCAAGGGAAGCCAGUGAUAUUUCAAAGGUGGAAAUGGCAAGGCUCUAAAUGUGUUGUUUCUGACUGGCUCAGCUGUCAGCUUUCAGUCACUGUGCCCAACGCUGUUGGUUGUCCUCAGACAAAGUGAAGAAAAGGAAGGAAGAGUAGUGUGACGAGUCAAAGGAGUUUGGGAGUCUCAACCUAAAUCAAGGACGGAGUUGGAUGGGGAUUCCACAUCAGCCUCAAGAUGGAUGGAUUUAAAACAACGUGUUAGAAUACUUAGAAACACUGCUUGCAGACAACCCUUCUAGUUUGUUGAUGUGAGGAUCUUUUGACAGAGCAGAUGUGUCCUGUCAUGUCCUGGCUGCUGUGCCUGGUCCUCUGGGUCAGUGGGAGGUCCAUCCAGCUGUGCCAGGCCACCUUUUAUGAGACCAUACAGCUACAGCAGCACCAUGUGACACGGCCUGGAAGGACCUCCAUUCACGUGAUUGAGGGAGGAACAUGUGAGGUGAUUGCUGCUCACAGAUGCUGUAAUAAGAACAAGAUUGAAGAGCGGUCCCAGACAGUCAAGUGUUCCUGUCUACCAGGGAAGGUGGCAGGGACUACCAGGAACAGACCCUCCUGUGUUGACGCAUCCAUAGUGAUUGGGAAGUGGUGGUGCGAGAUGGAGCCCUGCCUGGAGGGAGAGGAGUGCAAGACGCUGCCUGACAACUCAGGCUGGAUGUGUUACGCUGGGAACAAGAUCAAAACCACCCGGAACACCCAACAGCCUGCAAGCGAAGAAUACCUCGAACUUUAGACGGACCAACUGCAGAGAUCAAUCCAAGGACCCAACAAAGACAUUCAGUUUGCUUUCCUGGAUGUGUGAAUUCUCAAAAAAAACUGCUGCUCAAGGGUACUGGGAAUGGUGCAGUUCAAGGAUACCAAUGGGGGACCUUAUUGAAUUCUGAAUUUUGUUCUUUGAGGAAACACUGCUUUUGGAUGUACAGCACAUCUGUUGUCAGAAAACUCAGACAGACUGCGAGAUGGGCAGACAUUUCUGGGUUACCUUUAGCAAGUACUUGCAGCGGGGAGUCAGGAUUCUGUAUAUACCAUGUUUCAGUGUCUUCAUGUUAACAAGAACAUUGUCUACAGUAUGAUGGUGGUGAGAUGUAAAUGAUUCCAAACCCUGA